AUGCACCGCUCUAUCGUCACCCUUUUUGUAUUGUCGUUCUUCAUAUAUAGCGACGCUUUCAAUAAGAACAGCAUAGAAGAAUGCGCACGUGUGCUCAGUGAGAAUCUUCAGGAUACUUUCAAACGGGUAACAAAAAGUGACCAAAUCAUACAGCUUUAUGACCAAUUCGUUGAGCAAGAACAAUUUGAUCCGAGGGAUGAGUUGAAACGAAGCAAAGCGGCUGUUGAGAAUUACCUGAAGCGACGAGCUGACUUUGCUUACGUUCGUUUCACCGCACUAUGA